UAUGCAUUGUGCGGACAGGGAUUGCAGUGGUGCCACCCAGUUUGGUGCUUAACAACUGGCCUACCAGAACUAGGACUCUCGAAUGCAAAGUGAAGCUGAUUACUUCGAAGCAAUCCUGUUAAUCCAUCAAUGCUUCAAAAAGUCGUCGAAAGUACCAAUGAAACUGCUUUUGUUGGACUGUCAUGGAUCAACAACGACGAUCUGCUAAUCCUUAACACAUCUGUUGUGGAUGGGAGAGGAGCCAGAUUUCUGGAGUUUGAAGUAAAAGCUAUAGUACAGUCCUUAUGUGGCAGCAUAAAUAACGAUGGAAGUCUGUUUUUGGGCGCAAAGGGUGCGCAAGUACUCACCACUGCUAAGAUCCCGAACACUCGAAUUAUUACUGUCGGUAACAAUUCAGUUGCAGUGAAGAUGUUGAAUCACAAUGGUGAUGAAGUAGGAGAUGUUGGUGGUGACCUUACUUGCCAAGCAAAUGAUGGCAUAAUACAACCUAUGCCUAUCAACAUUUUGGAAACGGAGUAUGAUUUAUAUUGUUCAACAGUUAAAAUCCUUGGGGUGGAUUUGGUUUUGGCAUUGGCUAUGCGAGUUCAGGGACCAGAGACAUUCAAAGAUAAGCAAGAAACAGUCUUUGAGAAUUAUGCUCAGAUCAAAGAUACGUCUGUUGGGCAAGAAGGGACAGGCCUAGGGCUUGGCAUCGUGCAGUCUCUGGUACGUUUAAUGGGCGAGGAGAUAGAGAUUAUGGACAAGGAGGUAGGCAAGAAAGGAACUUGCUUCAAGUUCAACGCCUAUUUCUCUAUAUGUGAAACAGAUCAAAGGAGUAAAUCCGACGACACUGGAUCACAUGUCAGUGCUUACAUGUCUCCAUGCCAAUCCUUUUCACCACAAGGUAGUAGCUCUGAACUAACAGAAGGCUCACGAGUCAUUUUCUUCAUCCCAAAUGAAGAAAGGAGUCGAGUGUGCCAGAGGUUCAUGGAUAGACAACGAAUUGAAAGCCUAGUUGUCCGGACCUGCAAGGAACUGGCUUCUUCCUUGAAGAGAAUGAUCGGACACGUGAGGGUUCAUUCUUUGAGCAGUUCUUCCAAGAAGUCCGAUGGACUUCAAAGCGUAGCUGGCUCACGCACUUCUAGCCCUAGAUUAGAAGAAGCCCAAUUCAAUUCCCCAGCCCAAAUUGAUCAAGAGAUGCCUUCUACACACAAAAGGACAAGAACCAGAGAGAGCCUGCUAGCACACUUUACACUGAUCAUCAUUGAUAUUGCAGUCGGAACAUUUAGUGAGCUCGUUGGACUCGUCGCUGAAAUCAGAAGGAACCUAUCUACUGGUGGCCAUAGAAUUGUGUGGUUAGAUAGCUCUGGAUUUGGCAAUACUCAGCUACAAGGCCUCCGAGACACACUUCAGGCGACUGACAUCAUUCUUUUCAAGCCCCUCCACGGAUCACGACUGUAUCAGGUACUAAAACUUCUUCUUGAGUACGGAGGAGAAAGGCCUGCAGAAAUGUCAGAGGUCUAUCCACCAAAUUAUCUAUCAUCGGGUAGCCUAAUCGCAUCGGAUAACCUCGGAUGGCAUUGAAGCAACCCAAAAAAUACGGCAAAAAGAAGCCAAAUAUGGGGUGCACAUUCCCAUAUUUGCUGUCAGUGCAUAUACUGAGGGUCCAGAGAUCAAGCUCAUGGAAGAAGCCGGGGUCGAUUAUAACCUCGCCAAACCCUUGAACGUCCAGAAAAUCAAAGAAGCUCUCAGUAUUUUUGAAGACCAGGGAUAGUUUGUCUAUAGCUAUUUGUUUUGUUUGUAUUUGUGAUAAAUAUUUGUCUUUACAUUUUGUCUCACAAGAGUGUAACUGUUUGAGCUAAUAUAAAUAGGGAUGAUUUCAGCU